AACUCCCACACCGAGAUCCGGCCUCGAUCGCUGGCUGACGGCAUCCUGUUCGAGAGCGCAGGUUCCUCGCCAUGUCGCAUCUCUGCCCGUGCCGUCUCAUCUUUGUGUCUUCCCUCCGUGUCCCAGAUUGUUGCACAACAGACACCUCCCAGCUGGCUUGGCCUGGGACGCGCAAGCAGGGCCACUCGUUGCCGCCCGGCCUGCAGCCAGCCCAGGCACCACAUUACCGGCGGCAGGGGCCACCUGGCGAAUCAGCAUCGACCCAGCCCUCCCCUCCGGCGCCUAUUCCAACGCUUCAUCUGUUUCGCGCAUCACCACCAGCACUCCAUGGCCUGCCAUUCGUCCCGCGCCGGCCAUCCGCGGUCGCCUGCUCCACAGGACAUGUCGCUCGUCCUCUCCUGCCGUCCACUCAAGCGCCGCCAUGGCCUCGCCAGAGCCAUCGCCAGACGACGUGGCGACACUGUUGCUUCGGCCUCGCGGGCUGGCCGCGCUUGCGUGGCACGGUGGCCCAUGGCCAGCCGCCGUCUGCCUCAAAACCGCGUCUCUGCCAAUGCCUGCCCAAAUCACAAUUGAAUCUCCUGCUUCUCCUCCCGUCGGAACUGUCGUCCUGUGUUUGUGACGCGGCCUUUACUCUUUCUUUUGUUUUGGUGCUGGAGUUGACUUGCCAUCGUUGUGCCGUCCUCUGCACGUCCAGUCACGCCUGACUCCUAGCUUGUUCAUCUUGACACUCCUUCCGUCAAACAUCAUCAACAGCCUCGAUCACCUCAUUACUCUGCACGCCAGACGAACGUUUCUGCCCCUGAGACUCUGCUCUUUUCAUAUCCACAAACUCUUUGGCCG